GAAAAUUUUAUCUCCCCUGAAGGAAAAAAAAAAAUGGACAGAUUAGUGAAGCCUGAUGUGAAGGAAGUGGAAUUUUGUUUCACGAAAGGAGAAAAGUGUAGCGCAACUUUCACACUCGCAAAUCUGAUGCACACCAUGUCUGUUGCAGUUUGUUUAACUUCAUCGAAUCCUUCUGUUUUUUCGUUUUCGCAAGAUUUCUCUGUGAUUCCGCCGCUUUCUUCUUCUUCCUACACCAUUUCCUGCAAGUCCUCCGAUCAACCUCCUCUCAGUAAUCCGUCGGACAAAAUCUCCGUCCGAUCCGCCAUGGUUCCGAUCGGAAAUUCUCACACCGACGACCUCCGCCUCUUGUUCUCCAAACAUGGACGCCAUAUUUUCAAGGAUGCUUUGUUGCUCAUCUCCUUCGUCGGUCCUGAUGUCGUUGAAUUCCUAAUUUCGCACCAUAAUCGAAUCACGGAGUUGAGUUUUCUUUUUAACAAAGCGAUUUCUAGUUGUACGAAGUCUCAAUUGACUGCGUUGAUGGAACCGGCUAUUUUGUCCGGGAAAUUAGGGUUAGUUUCUGCUCUGAUCGAUGCUGGUGUAGACGUCAAUGUCAAGGAUUCUCUCAAACGGUCAAUGAUGUCGCUAGCUGUAAUGACAGGGAAGAUCGAUAUCGUGAAGCGAUUGAUUGAUUCGCACUGUCAAAUCGAUUUCUCUGUCGAUUUGGUCUUACACAUAGCGGCAUCGAUGAACCGCGUCGAUUUCAUGGAGCUACUAGUAAAAAAAUUUCCCGACAUACUAGUAAAUUCCGUCGAUUCCAACGGUCGUACUCCGAUCCACACCGCGGCGGCUCGAGGUCACGUUGAGGCAAUACGUUUCCUCCUUUCGAUUGGCGGUAAUCCAGAGGCGGUGGAUCGGAACAAAUGGACUCCGCUACAUUCCGCGGCGGCGGAAGGACAUUUCGAAGCCGUGGAGUAUUUUCUAAACUGCUCAAACGUGAAAUACGCGGUGAACUCCGACGGAAAAACAGCGUUCGCACUUGCAUCGGAGAACGGACACACAGAUCUAUUCGAUUCGUUGAGAUUAGGCGACGCAUUGCACAGAGCAGCAAGAGCCGGCGAUGUUCGAGGUCUAAGAAGCUGCGUGGCGGCAGGAGCAAAGAUAAACGGAAAGGACCAGAACGGAUGGACGGCUCUGCACAGGGCAGCGUUCAAAGGCAGAGUCGAGUGCGUCAAGGCGCUGCUCGAGCACGGAGCGGAUACGGACGCCGUCGACGACGCCGGAUACACGCCGCUGCAGUGCGCCGUCGAGUCCGGGCAGGAGGAGGUGGCUCGGGUACUGCUGGCGAGUGGUGCAGAACCGAAUCCGUUGAAAUGUCUGAGAAGGGAUUUGGCUGUCUCCGGUAGACAGAUUUCAUCUCUGUGCUGUGGAAACUAAGAAGAUGAAGAAGAUGAGAUUGAAGGGCUGAAGAAGGCUGUUCUUCAAUCUGAUCUUCGCCGUUCUCCAUUUUUUUUCCAAUAAUUUUAGCCUUGUUUUUCAGUUCAAUCUGUAAAUUGAAUUUGUAAUUUUCCUCUUAAGAAAUUGAGGAAAAUAAGCCAUUGAUUUUUUAUUUUCGUAGGAUUUUCAAAAUUCAUUUUACAUAAUUUAUGUA